UUGCAUUGCGCAUGGGCCCUCCCCGCCGGGUGGCCAUGUUGCAGUCCUAGCAGCCAGCGCAGAGGCGGCGGCGGCGGGUCGGGGAGCGCAGCGCACUGCACCGCCAUGGCCGUGGCCGUGGGGAGACCGGCGAAUGAUGACCUUAGGAACCUGUCCCUCUCCGGCCACGUGGGCUUCGACAGCCUUCCUGAUCAGUUGGUCAACAAGUCAACAUCACAGGGCUUCUGCUUCAACAUCCUCUGCGUGGGUGAAACUGGCAUUGGUAAAUCAACGUUGAUGGACACUCUGUUCAAUACCAAGUUUGAAAGUGAACCUGCAACGCACAACGAGCCUGGCGUGAGAUUGAAAGCCAGGAGUUACGAGCUCCAGGAGAGCAAUGUCCGUCUGAAGCUGACUAUCGUCGACACAGUUGGGUUUGGUGAUCAAAUUAACAAAGAUGACAGCUACAAGCCUAUAGUAGAAUAUAUUGAUGCACAGUUUGAAGCCUACUUGCAAGAAGAACUGAAGAUCAAACGAUCCCUGUUCAAUUACCAUGAUACCAGAAUUCAUGCCUGCCUCUAUUUCAUUGCACCAACUGGACACUCACUGAAGUCCCUAGACUUGGUCACCAUGAAGAAGCUCGACAGUAAGGUGAACAUCAUUCCCAUCAUUGCCAAGGCUGACACCAUUGCAAAAAACGAGUUGCACAAGUUCAAGAGUAAAAUCAUGAGUGAGCUGGUCAGCAACGGCGUCCAGAUCUACCAGUUCCCCACGGAUGAAGAGACGGUGGCUGAGAUAAAUGCCACCAUGAGUGUCCACCUUCCCUUUGCUGUAGUUGGCAGCACUGAAGAAGUGAAGAUUGGCAAUAAGAUGGCAAAAGCCAGGCAGUACCCCUGGGGCGUUGUGCAGGUUGAAAACGAAAACCACUGUGAUUUUGUGAAGCUGCGGGAGAUGCUGAUCCGAGUGAACAUGGAGGACCUGAGAGAGCAGACACACAGCCGGCACUAUGAGCUAUACAGGCGCUGCAAGCUGGAAGAGAUGGGGUUUAAGGACACAGAUCCGGACAGCAAGCCUUUCAGUCUCCAAGAGACUUACGAAGCAAAGAGGAAUGAAUUCCUGGGUGAACUCCAGAAGAAAGAGGAUGAAAUGAGGCAGAUGUUUGUCAUGCGAGUGAAGGAGAAGGAAGCAGAGUUGAAGGAAGCAGAGAAAGAUCUUCACGAAAAGUUUGACCAUCUAAAGAGGACUCACCAAGAAGAAAAGAAAAAAGUGGAAGACAAAAAGAAGGAACUUGAGGAAGAGCUGAACAACUUUCAAAAGAAGAAGGCAGCAGCUCAGCUAUUACAGUCACAGGCUCAGCAGGCAGGUUCUCAACAAACCAAGAAAGACAAGGACAAGAAAAAUGCAAGCUUCACAUAAAGCCUGUCAAGCCAAGGAUGUUCCUGCAUUCACCUGCUUUUGCAGUAAUGUGUCUCUGUCGUCUGUUUUCUUUCUUUUUUGUUUGUUUUUUUCCCCAUUUUUUAACAUGAAUAACUAUUAACUCAUCUAAUACCACAGUGGGAACAAGAAGGAAGGAUUGGGUACAGGACUGUAUGCAACUGAAAUUCAGGGGUGGGUGGAGGGACAAGGUAAUGAUGGCACAUAUUUUUCUCAUCAAAACAAGCAGCAUGAAAUCACUCUUGGCCCCAAAUUUGAGAGUCAGGACUGGACACCAGCAGCUCGGGUGAGCGUCACUGCCUGGAUUGGGUGCUCAGUGCCGCUGGCCUGUGUGGCCCUCAGAGGACCAGCAAUUGCUGCUGUAUGAGGGUCACAGCCCAGUGCCCACGUGGCUUAAACCCAGGAGUUCAGUCCAACCCAUCUGCCUUCAAUAGCUAAUCUGUUAGAGCAAAGUGAGUCCCGCUGGUGGGGAAGAGGGAGGGGGAUGUUGUGUGUGUAAUAACAAAAGUUUAACUGACCUUGCAUGCCGUUACAUUUGCAUGAUAUUUUUUAUUAGUUCCUGUUUUUGUUGUCUGACUUGAUCAUACUAGUUGGCUUGGAUUUAUUGUCAUGUGCUGGCCUAUCUUUACAGCCACCCUUCCAGUUCAGUUAGUAGCUACCUGCUGAAUGCCACGGUGUGAGCCCAGCGGCGCUGUGGGUGCCUGGGAGAAGGACCAUUUCUCCUUCCUGCCUUCCUUCUUUUACUUGCUUGAACACAACCUUUAUGGUAGCUGGCUUCCAAUGUGCAUGAUCUUAGCAAGACUUAGCAGCCCUUACAGAACCAAACGCUUGGGCAAGGGGCAAGACAGAACCUUCCACAUCUCCUUAGAGCCCUCGGGAGGAUUCCUGCAUGCACUUAAAUACAGCCUGGUAAAGCAGAAUUUCAUGUUGAGGGAGUGAGGGUGCCUGGACACACCUCCCCACACUCUCCAGCAGCUCUCCUGCACCAUGCACAAGGUGUCCUUCAGGUGGCCCUUGAAACGUGCAAAGGAGAUGUAGCAUAAGCUAGGCCUGGCCCUAUGGCCAGCACGGCGUGGAAAUGGAUCUGGUUAAUGUGUGUUUUCUAUACCAUUGCUUUUUGGACAGAAUUUUUCCCUUCCUUCCCAAGAAGUGGCAAGCCAUGCUUAACCUUUGACUUCUGGAUUUCUUUCUCUUCUGCUGAUGUACAGCCAGCAUUUCCACUGCUCCUGGCUAGGUAGUCUGCUCUUCCUUUCUUUAGAGCACUCUCAAAAGUAACUCCACUUAAGUCUCAUGCACGGCAGCUCUUUGCUCAUUUCUGGGUUGGAAUUUCUUUCCUUUCUGGGGGGAAAAAAAACUAACCCAGGGAGAGUUAUCACUUUUUAUGACAUGUUCAGUUGGGAAAAAUGUGUUUGUGGGUUAGGUUUUUGGGUUGUCUUGCUUUUUAACCCACACUGCUUAAAACAUGGCCAUGGGAGGAGGUGAUCUAAACACGGUGUCAAAGAUUGAUCAGAGAUAAAUAAGCUGGAAAUAAAACAGCUGAGCUCUUUCUCUUCUUUUUUUUCUUUUCUUUUUAAUUUAUAAAUGUCACCACCUGGUCUUAUCAACCAUGAUGCACUUUUUGUCAGCUUAAAUAGGUUUGCUAGGGGGUUGUUUGUAAAAAUGAAACUAUGGGUCGUGUUGCUUCUGGCAAACCCAGCUUUAAAAUCUUGAGUUAUCAAGGAAGAAGUUUGGGCUUUGGCAUGAGUGUUUUACAGUCACAUCAUAUGCACAUCACAGGAUGCUCGUGGCAGUAUGCUUUGCUCGUGGCAGUAUGCUUUGCUUCAGCUGUCUCUGUGCAUGUCUUCUUCUUAACCACCAGCAUUUUGUGCCAGGAAGAAGACUUAAACAUUCAUUUGUCCCACUACAUUUAACAGCCCUUCAAGGUACGUUUGGCUGGGGAAAUUGGCUGAGUCUAGCUUUUUUCCCUUUUUUUUUUGGGACAGAAAGCUGUGGCCAAGUACAUUAAUGUAUUUUUGGUUGAGUUUUUCUCCAGCAAAAAGCAAGCUGUUUUGGAGAAAAUGGGAAUAAACCCUAAACUUGCAAAAGAUAAAGGUACUGUUUUGGCUUUUUGCCAAAGGAGGUGCUAAUGGGUUAUUCUUUUCCCCCUCCUUAAACCCCUGGACCAUGUUUAGCUUGUUCCUGCUGCACUUCUUUCUUUUCUUUACUUAUACCUUUUUUCACAGUAGCCCCUGACUCUGCAUGAAGUAGAUGAAACACUCAGAUCUAGUUGGAUGUGCUUUCACCUCUGCAUGUAAGUACAGUAGUAAGAGACUCACUUUUUCUGCCUCACUACUGAUACGCAACCAGUUGUGGUUUUCUGGAGGGUGCUUUAAGUCCGCUUACUUACAAGUGGCAUGGUUAAAACUUUCUGCAACCAUCUGCUUUGGCUGAGAUGCUGAAAAGAUGCUGUAGGGAACACGACAUGCAGCUCCUGUUGAAUGCCUAAAGCAACCCUGUGCAGCUGCUCUGCAUGCUUGAAGCCAGCUGGUGAACCUGCGGGCAGAGUCAGCAAAAGCCUUGACCAUGCAUUAGAUGGCAGUGCCAACUAGAUGGUAAAGCUGCACCUUCCUGACCAGUGGACUUCAAACCUUAGAAUGAUAUGAAGGAGCAGGAAAGCACAGUGAAAUGUGUGUUUCUGGGAUGGUCUUGUUCCCAGGGUAUGGAACAAACCCCUAGAGUGGGAAAACAAACAAAGCUCAGGUGGCUGAGAAGGGACCAUGAUUGCUCCAUAGAGGUGGGCACGUGUGUGCCUGGCAGAGGGCUGAGAAGACAGAGGUGACCAUGGGCUUGUUCCCCUGAGGCCUUGCUGGGCUUGCCCCGUUGCUUUCCGGGAGGGCAGCAGGCAGGAAGGCACCCUUUGAGCUCAUGAUCCUUAAAUGCAUCGCCUUGUCCCUCUUCUGGAGUGUGGGGCUACCAGGAAAGCAGUGACACCCAACCUGGGCUCCUCUGCAGCCCCAAAACUGCAACUGCAACUGGUGUCACUCCCUCCGUGUGCUUUUGACAGCUUGAAAUCCCGUCAAGCACAUCUGUAUCUCUGUGUCACUCUUUAAGCAUGGCUUUAGUUAACGUGACCAGUGUUUCUCAGGUGGCUCUCACUGCGCUUCUGAAAAUCCCUGGUGAGAAUGGAAGUGUCUUUUUGUGUGUGAUCCUAUCAGAUAUGUCCAUUUGACUCCAGUUCCCACUCGCCCUUCUAAGCUGUUAGAAAGAGUGUGUGUUUGCCCCUUCUCCGAGGAGCCUGGUUGCAUUUGCAGUGUGUGAUAUCCAUGACGCUCUCAUCACCGUUCAUCAGCAUGGGACUGUACAAAUAUGAAGGGUUUUUUAAUUAAUGGAAAAUAAAGCUGUGAACAGCGGUAGAAAUAUUGUAUUUGUAUACAUUUUUAAUAUCCUGAUUGCCUUAAACUAUAGAUGUAGAACUUUAUUACCUUGCUAUUUGGAAAUAACCCAUGUUUGUAACUAAAUAAUUGUGUAACCUACAUACAGUGUUAAUGCAAAUCAUAUGUAUGCAUCUGUUAGAUAUUGUCACCUUACUUGAUGGUAAAAUAUUUCAGUUUUUGAAUUACAAAUUGAAUAAUAACCUUCUAGCAUAAGCUCAGUUAUUUCUUGUAUGUGCUUUAGGCUACGUACACAAAUAGUGCCAACACUUGAAGUGGGGAGAGGAAAUAUAUUUUUACCCAAAAGC